UGAAAAAUGAAAAUUUAGAAAAAAGAGGUUAUGAGAAAUUUAUUGGAGCAAUUGUUUCCGUUAUUAAAAAUGUACACUAUGGUAUAAAACAAUAAUAACACUCAAAGUACAAAAACAAAGUAAAGUGAUGAAUAAGGAUGACAGGUUCUUCAAAAAUGGAUACAAGCAAACACAAGGAGGACUCUAACAUUCCAAAUAAUGAUGGAGAAUCUGAAAAAUCAGAUUCAAUAGAGGUUGACAAUUCACAUACAGUUCUGUUAAAAAUAGCAACAUUAUAUGCAGAACGUCUUAUGAAUGAUAUUUGUCUUGUUGUUGAUGGUAUAGAAUAUCCAGCACAUCGCCUUAUACUUUGUGCUUCUAGUGAUGUUUUCCAAGUAAUGUUAAUGAGUCCCCAGUGGAGUGAAUCUCAAGAAAGUAGAGUAACCCUCCAAGAAACGCCACAAUGUGUACCUAUAUUUAGUGAGUUUUUGCGGUACUUUUACACUGGUCAAAUAAGAAUUAAUUAUGGAGUUGUUUUACCAAUAUUAUCUUUAGCUGAUAAGUAUAAUGUUAAGGAUUUAAUAACACUGUGCCUUGACUAUAUGCAAAAUCAUAUUGCAUUAGCUGCCAUACAUGGCACUUUAGUAUCAUGGUUACAAUAUACUUCAAAUUGUGGUCAUCAUAAUAUUACUCAAGCAUGUCUAAAUUUUAUUAAAUGGAAUUUGGAAUUGGUGGCUAAAACUGCAGAUUUUGGGAAUUUUGAUUUGGAUAUUUUAGUAACAUUGCUACAUCAAAGCAGUUUAGUAGUAAAGGAUGAGAUGACAUUGUACAAAUGUCUAGAAUCUUGGUUGGAACAUCAAGCAAAUCGUUUAAAAACUCAAUUGACGCAGGACGAAUUAGAAACCACAUUAGAACAGUUGGUAAUAGCUGUAAUGUCUUCUGUUAGAUUUCCAAUGAUGUCCCCUCGGCAGUUAGCCGAAUUGCUUUUAUUUCCUUUAACAAAGAAGUAUAAAGAAUUUUUUGUGGAACGUAUGUCCAUAGGAAUGUCAUUUCAUUCUGGUCACUUAGAUAGAGUUAAAGAAGUGAGUUUAAAUAAAGAAGAUGGCGCGUUACUGUUCGAACCAAGAUUAUACACUGUAGAUACAUGUAGUUCAUUACUUACAAUAGAAAAUUUUCAUGGUUUACCUUCUUAUCACACAAGAACGCUCGUGUUUUCGAGUCAUUCGUCUUUAGCAGAGUAUGCUGGUGAUCGUGCGUGUGAAUGGGUUGUAGAUAUAUAUCCGAAAGGAGUUUGGUUUAAGAAGUUUUUCUGCAUAGUGUGGCAUGGAAUGGUAGAAAUGCCUGAACAUGUAAAACGAUCGGUCAGAUUAUCACUUACAUGUAAAGAACCGCCGGUAAAUAGCGAUGCUGACAUGCGAGUGAAGAUAGGCGUUUUAAUUUACGGAUUACAGGAUGGCGUUGAGCACAUUGCGAGAGUAACAGAAAUCAUUCAUAGGUUUAGUCUUGAAGAACGUGUUCUUAAUUUAGACGAUCUUUUGCCAUUCGAAGAACUCAAUCCGCAGCAGGGUUCAGUGCCGGAAAGUACAUCUCCUUUUCUAGUAGGUCCAAAUAAAGAUAUGCUCAAAUUGCAUAUUGUUAUAUCACCAGCUAAUUAA